AUGGAAACACUUUCUCUUCUCUUCACCCUAACUGCUAUUGUUUCUGUAUAUUUCUUUUGGUUUCACCUCCUGGUUCGAACGCUGACCGGUCCAAGAGUAUGGCCUUUCUUUGGCAGCCUCCCAAUUCUCUUCAUGAAUCGUAAUAGGAUUCACGACUGGAUUGCCACAAACUUACACCGAAGCCAUUCAGCCACUUACCAAACCUGCACCUUACCCUUUCCCUUCUUUGCUCGAAAACAGGGUUUCUACACAGUCACAAGUCACCCCAGAAACAUCGAACACAUCCUCAAAACUCGGUUUGAUAACUACCCGAAAGGACCGGAAUGGCAAGCUGCAUUUCACGAUCUUCUAGGUCAAGGAAUCUUCAAUAGUGACGGUGAAACGUGGCUCAUGCAACGCAAAACUGCUGCCUUAGAGUUCACUACCCGAACCCUUAGACAAGCCAUGGCUCGUUGGGUGAAUCGGACCAUAAAAAAUAGGCUUUGGUGCAUUUUAGAUAAAGCUUCAAAAGAAAAGGUUUACGUGGACUUGCAAGACCUUCUCUUACGCUUAACCUUUGAUAAUAUAUGUGGACUCACCUUUGGCAAAGACCCUGAAACUCUGUCUCCGGACCUACCCGAAAACCCUUUCUCUGUUGCCUUUAACACUGCCACUGAAAUCACCUUGCAGAGGCUUCUCUACCCAGGACUAUUGUGGAGAUUCCAAAAGCUUCUUGGUAUUGGUAACGAGAACAAACUGAAGCAGAAUUUAAAGAUAGUUGAAACUUAUAUGAACGACGCCCUUUCCGCUCGCCAGAAAGCACCAUCAGACGACUUGUUAUCGAGGUUCAUGAAGAAGCGUGACGGUGCCGGAAAGCCGUUAAGUGCCGGCGUGCUGCGACAGAUCGCGCUGAACUUCGUGCUAGCUGGCAGGGACACGUCAUCGGUGGCGCUAAGCUGGUUCUUCUGGCUCGUCAUGAACCACCCCGCCGUGGAAGAGAAGAUCAUCGACGAAUUAACGGCAGUUCUCACAGCGACGCGCGGCAGUGACAGGCGAAGGUGGACGGAGGAAGCCGUGGACUUUGAGGAAGCGGAUAAACUAAUUUAUCUCAAGGCAGCAUUGGCCGAAACUCUGCGUUUGUACCCGUCUGUGCCGGAGGAUUUCAAGUACGCGGUCUCCGACGACGUGUUGCCAGAUGGCACGGUGGUUCCAGCAGGUUCGACGGUGACGUAUUCGAUAUACUCAAUGGGGAGAAUGAAAAGUGUGUGGGGUGAGGAUUGCAUGCAAUUUAAUCCAGACCGGUUUUUAUCACUUCAGAAAGACAGGUUUGAACCGCCCAAAGAUGCAUACAAAUUUGUAGCUUUCAACGGUGGACCAAGAACCUGUUUGGGUAAAGACUUAGCUUAUCUGCAGAUGAAGUCUGUAGCUGCUGCUGUGCUUCUGCGUUACCGGCUGUCUCCAGUUCCUGGUUAUCAGGUGCAACAAAAGAUGUCGCUCACUCUCUUCAUGAAACAUGGACUCCGUGUAUUCUUGCAUCCACGUCAACUCCAACCAAAGGUUGCUAGGUCUGCAUAA